GGCCCCAUGCGCCAUUGUUGACACAUGCACUUGCAAACUUGCCCGGCAUAGCCCUUUUCGGAUCCGUCUCGAGGGGCUGCAGGCCAGGGACUUGAAGAACUACCCUCUGAACGUCGCUGAGGCGAUCUCGCUUCAAGAUGGGUGUAUCUGGCCUUCUCCCACUCCUCAAGUCGAUCCAGAAGCCUGCAGAGCUUAAAAACUAUGCCGGUCAGACCCUCGGCGUCGACGCGUAUGGGUGGCUCCAUCGUGCCGCCUACUCAUGUGCUCUCGAGCUUGGACAGGACAAGCCAACCAACAAGUACAUAACUUCCGCCAUGCACCGCGUCAGGAUGCUUCGCCAUUUCGGCGUCACGCCCUACAUGGUCUUCGAUGGAGACUUCCUCCCCAGCAAGGCAGCUACCGAAGAUUCCCGCGCCAAGAAAAGGAAUGAGAAGAAAAAGGUCGCCAUGGAACUCCUCAAAGCCGGAAAGCCUUCCCAGGCCACCCAAGAAUUCCAAAAAUGCAUCGACAUCACCCCAGAAAUGGCUUCCGCCUUGAUCCAACACCUCAAGAAGCUCGACAUUCCCUACGUCGUAGCCCCAUACGAAGCCGACGCGCAACUCGUCUACCUGGAACGACAGGGCCUCAUCCACGGCAUCCUCUCCGACGACUCCGAUCUCCUUGUCUUUGGUGCGAAGAAACUGUUGACCAAGCUGGAUCAAUACGGCAACUGUAUCGAGAUCAGCCGCAAGGAUUUUUGUCGAUGUCGGGAGGUUUCGUUGACGGGAUGGUCUGACGCCGAGUUCCGAAGGAUGGCCAUUCUGAGUGGAUGCGACUACCUGGAUGGCCUCCCUGGUAUGGGAUUAAAGACAGCUUACCGAAUGCUCCGAAAGAGCAAGACUCCCGAGCGUGUGGUUCGCAUGGUUCAGUUCCAAGGCAAACGUGUCUCAGAAAACUAUCUAACCCAGUUCUAUCAAGCGGAGUUGACAUUCCUUCACCAAUGGGUCUUUUGCCCCACGAAGCAGGAAGUGGUGCAUCUGACCGACUUAGAUGGAACGCGAACUGCAGAUGAGAUGCCCUUCAUUGGGUCUUUCGUUGAGCCGGAAGUGGCUCAGGCUGUUGCAAGGGGAGAUGUCAACCCCAUCACAAAAACACCAAUCGUCUUGCCUUUGACACCAUCUAAGAGACGGCAUUCUCAAUCGGCGACCGGGGCUGUGGCUGUAGCCAAACCACCCGCAAAACCAAUUAGUUCCUUUUUCAAGGGCCAUCACCGGGUUCCCAUGGGCGAAAUGGAUCCCAACUGCUUCGAAGUCGAUCCUCAGAGAGUUACGCAAAUUACCGGAGGAGGACUAGUCCCUCGCGUGUUCCCAUUACCCCGACCAUACCUGGACGAAGCGGAUCGACCUACAUCUACUGGAGUAACGAGGCGUAUGAGUCCCAUCCGAACACGAACAUCACCCCGGCUCCAGCGUCGUCGAACAGAGCCGAUUUCCAACAUGUUGGCUCGCAUGUCGAGCAGCCCCGGUCUCUCAAGACGAACAUCGUCUAAUACCACAACCUCCAGCCUUCCUGCGGCCCCCUCGACAGAUCUCUCGAACAGGCCCCCAAAGAAAGCGCGCUUGUGUGAUGAUAACGAGACCGAAGUGAAGGAUGCUUCUCCCAAGAAGAGCAAGUUCUUCUCAAUGUCGAAGCCGCGGAGGAGCCCAAGAAAGGCAAAGAGCGAUGCAUACCUGCUGUCAGACGACUCACUAGAAGAGGCGUUGCGAGAUCUCCCCGACUUCGACGGUUGGAAACCAGCCCACAAGGCCAAGAAGUCUAUCUCCAUCUUCGACGACAACAGCCAAGAAACUGCCACGACUUCGGCCACCGCUGAGAGCCAGCAGUCAUUACUCAGGGAUGAAACUCCAAUGUCAUCGUUCGAGGCACCCAUGCCACCCCCUCGAUCAAAGGCGUCGAUGCCACCACCCUCCGUCACACCUCGAUCAAGUCUCAAUCGCUUCUCCUACUCCUCCAACUCUUCGGUAACCCCCGCCUCAGCCAUGUCAGAAGCGCCUUCUUCCGUCUUCAGCGACGUAUCCACAGCUUCGACCGCACCCUCCACGGUCGCCUCCCGCAUGACUCCUUUGCAACGCUUGGGAGCGCGAGCCAUGAACAAGCCCAGCUCGCCCAAACUUCCGAAGCCGCGCAAGAGCCUGAAUACCGACUUCCUCGCCGGCGUCCCCGUUAAUCCAGCCUUCGUCCCUCUCCCCAAGGUCGACCUCAACGAAGUCGAGGCAUUGAACCGAACUUGCGGCAGCGAGGACCAGAUCAUCCCCGAUAGUGACGGCGAGGACGAGGACUUCGACGCCCCGCCCAAGAAGCUCAACCUCUCCCGCUUCGCCUUCUCCUAGGCGCCCGACCUCAUCCCAUAUUCUCAUCUUCCAGACCGACUGGACGGUUUCAACUCGUGGAGGUCACUCCCCUGUAAUGACCCGGC